CUCUCGGUUCAGUCUCGUCACCGCGCUCCAAAGAUGCACAACCGUUGCGGAUCCAUUUGGCUGCUGGCGGCCGUCCUGCUGCUGCUGGCGCUCCUGCUUCCGCAGGCACUGCUGCCUACCGUCGAUGCGGCCAGCGAACCCGUGUGCUCCUACCGCAACUCGGAGGAUGAGACCAUCUUUCUCAAGUAUCUGCCGCUGCUGAGACGCGGACAGGACUACGUGGACUUCGGCAAGGAUGGCAAGUGCCUCAAGCGGGCCAUCUGCACGGACACCUUCAAGACCAUCGUGGAGGACUGUGGACAGCAGAAGGUCACCUGCGGCAACAAGGAUCGCUUCACCGGAGUUUUCCCUGCCUGCUGCCUCAAGUGUCCCUAAAUCCGAGGAGUUUCAUUAAGAACAGUGUAUUCAAAUGUAGAAAUGUAAACAGUAGACGAUUAGCUAACGGAAUAUAUGUGCUACCCAUUCAAUUACAGGGUAUGCGAUAACUAU